AUAAUUUCUGUUGACAAUACGGGCCAAAAGCAAAGCGGAGAACGGUCGGUGCGAGGAGCGUGGGAGCUCGAGAAUGGAUGACAGAAAGGAAGAAGACGACGGCGAAACCGGUUAUCGAGAUAUCUACGUAUCCGAAGGCUUAGGCGUUUCCCGACGCCGGCGAAAUGUGCAGUUCUGUAGCCAGUCUCCGGAUCGCCACGCCGUCCCAGUGGACGCCACCUCGAAGGGAAGAAGCAUUCGGGAGUACGGGGAAGACCAAGUAUCCGAUACCUUCUGUGAAAAUCUUGCUUCCGGCGGUACCUACGCUUUCAACGAAGGUAGCAACGUUGCCCGAUCUUUGUCCUGCCCUCAAUAUUGCUCCACCCCGUCGCCGCUGUCACAUCACAAUUACUCCAAUUCCGUGGAGGAUAUUCGAUUCCCGUACUCCAACUAUGCAAUUGGUGGAUCUCUUGACAGUGUUAUCUCCUUUCCCUUCGAUCCACGGCGCGACAGCGACGUUAGUUCCAUUUCCGAGAGCGACGGCACAGUAACCCUCGAGCGCGCCAUGUCGGAGUUCGGUGGCGCACCGGGGACCCUGCCGGAGUUCAUGGGCGUCGGUGGUGGCACUGGGAUUUUUCGCGUGCCGAUCUGCGCCGCGAUGCGCGCCGACCGGCCGCCAGCGCUGGAGCUCCGGCCGCACCCGCCUCGCGAUACCCAGGCAGGGUCCUUUCUGCGCACUAUUGUCUGCACUAGCUCGCAGCUUUGGGCUGGUCAGGAGUCAGGAUUGCGUUUCUGGAAAUUUUCCGAGUUUUUCGAGAGUUGGAACGGGAGGAUGGCAAAGCGAGGGGAUGAGGACAGCGCCCCUUUUUAUGAGUCGGACUGCACUUCACCAGUACUUUGCUUGGUGGCAGAUGAGGCGAGUGGGUUCGUGUGGAGCGGGCACAAGGACGGAAGGAUAAGAUCAUGGAAAAUCCCAAAGCCGGAGUCGGAGAGUUCUUGGAAGGAGGAGGAUGUGGAAAUUGGAUCGAAAACCAUUGGUGCUGGGAUUGGUGAGCCUGGUUCUCUGUUCAGAGAAGGUCUCUCAUGGCAGGCCCAUCGCACUCCUGUGCUAUCCAUGAUCAUCACUUCAUAUGGUGAUUUAUGGACAGGUUCUGAGGGCGGGGUUUUGAAAGUCUGGCCAUGGGAAUCCAUUGAGAAGUCGCUUUCUCUGACUGUAGAAGAAAGACACAUGGCUACUUUACUAGUCGAGAGGUCAUAUAUUGAUCUUAGGAGCCAGGUCACUGUAAAUGGGGUGUGCUCCCUGCCAUUUGUAGAUAUACGAUUUCUGUUAUCUGACAAUUCUAGAUCUAAAGUGUGGAGUGCUGGUAGCACAACCUUUGCACUGUGGGAUUCUCGCAAAAAGGAGCUUUUGAAAGUCUUUAACAUAGAUGGUCAGGUUGAGAAUCGGAUUGAUAUAGCAUCUCAGGAGAUGCAUGUGGAGGAUGAGACAAAAGCCAAGUUAACAAAGAAGGAAAAAUCAGGAUCCAUGAGUUUUUUCCAACGCUCAAGAAAUGCCUUGAUGGGUGCAGCUGAUGCUGUUCGGAGAGUUGCACAGAAGGGAACAUUCACAGAAGAUAGUCGAAGAACAGAAGCACUAGCCAUAACAAUGGAUGGAAUGAUUUGGACUGGAUGCACUAAUGGUUCACUUUUUCAAUGGGAUGGAAAUGGGAAUAGACAAUUUGAAUUUCAGCAUCAUUCUUCUGCAAUAACGAGCAUUUGUGCCUUUGGGACUCAGCUGUGGGUGGGAUAUGUGGAUGGCAACAUUCAUGUUUUGGAUCUUGAAGGAUAUUUGCUCGGUGGUUGGGUUGCUCAUAGUGGUCCUCUUAUAGAUAUGGAUAUUGGCUCUUCUUAUAUUUUUACUUUGGCAAACCAUGGGGGGAUUCGUGGGUGGAGCCUAACAUCACCAGGACCAAUUGAUGACAUCUUACGAAUGGAGCUGUCCAGUAAAGAACUCACCUACACAAAAACAGAAAAAAUUAAAAUCUUAGCUGGUACUUGGAAUGUUGGACAAGAAAGAGCAUCUCACGAUUCUCUCAUUUCAUGGCUUGGCAGUGCAGCAACUGAAGUUGGAUUAGUUGUUGUUGGCCUUCAAGAAGUUGAAAUGGGUGCCGGCUUUCUUGCAAUGGCUGCUGCAAAAGAGACUGUUGGUCUUGAGGGGAGUAAUAAUGGGCAGUGGUGGUUGGAUACUAUUGGUAAGACCUUAGAUGAAGGAACAUCUUUUGAACGUGUUGGCUCAAGGCAGCUUGCUGGGUUGCUCAUUGCUGCAUGGGUUAGGAAAAGCCUUAGACCAAAUGUGGGUGAUGUUGAUGCUGCAGCUGUAGCAUGUGGUUUUGGGAGAACGAUUGGAAACAAGGGGGCUGUUGGUUUGAGAAUGCGGGUCUUUGACAGGGAUCUAUGCUUUGUCAGCUGUCAUUUUGCUGCUCAUUUGGAAGCAGUCAGCAAGAGGAAUUCUGACUUCAUUCAUGUUUAUCGAAAUAUGUCCUUCACCCGGCCUUCUGUUGAACAAAAUUCUGGACCAGCUGGCGCUACCCCAGUACAAGUACAUCGUGGAGGGAAUUCAGUAGGCUCUCAAUAUGACGAGAAACCUGAUUUAUCGGAAGCAGAUAUGGUGAUAUUUCUGGGUGAUUUCAAUUAUAGGCUAUUUGGCGUAUCUUAUGAUGAAGCUAGAGACAUGAUUUCUCAAAGAUGUUUUGAUUGGCUAAGGGAAAAAGAUCAACUUCGAGCAGAAAUGAAAGCAGGCAAAAUUUUUCAAGGAAUGCGGGAGGCUCAAAUCAAAUUUCCUCCUACGUACAAAUUUGAAAGGCACCAACCUGGUCUCUCGGCAUAUGAUGCUAGUGAGAAGAAGCGCAUUCCUGCAUGGUGUGACAGAAUUUUAUAUCGUGAUAGUCGUUCUAUCUCAGUGGCUGAAUGCUCGUUGGAAUGCCCUGUUGUCUCUUCAAUUUCACUCUACGAAUCAUGUAUGGAUGUAACAGACAGUGACCACAAACCUGUUCGAUGCAUAUUUAGUCUUGAAAUUGCACAUAUAGACCGGAUAGUAUGGAGGCAAGAAUUUGGAAAAUUACUUGCAUCGCAUGAGAAGAUAAGGUCUUUGGUUGAGGAAUAUAGCAUUGUUCCAGAAACAAUUGUCAGCACAAACAAUAUCAUACUACAAAAUCAGGAUACUUCCAUUCUUCGAAUAACUAACAAAUGUGACAAGCACGAUGCUAGUUAUGAAAUCAUCUGUGAAGGUCAAUUUACAAUGAAUGAUGAUGGAAGUCCCUCUGAACUUUGUGCUAAAGGUUCCUUUGGCUUUCCUAAUUGGCUACAGGUUGAACCUGCUGCCGGAAUAAUCAAGCCUGGGCAGAUUAUGGAAGUCACAGUUCAUCAUGAGGAUUUCUAUACCCAGGAGGAAUUUGUUGAUGGAUUUCCACAUAAUUGUUGGUGUGAGGACACCAGGGAUAAAGAGGUGGUGCUGCUAGUUAAAGUGACAGGCACCUAUUCAACAAAGAGCAAAUACCACCGGGUCAAUGUGCGUCAUUGCCAUUCGAACAAGGACUCAUUCAGUUAUAUGAAAGAGAGUUCCAACAGAUUACAGUCAAACCAAAAUCACCUACAAAGAUCUGAAUUUGCCAACUUUGGCAGUUCAGAUGUGGUGAAUUUGUAUCACAUUCGCAGCCCAUGAGACAGUGAGGGAGCAAUGCAGUGAUUUUUGCAAGAAUUGGAAACACAUAAGUUUGAGGAAUGCAUCAAGUAUAGAGAGUAGAGCUUUAUUUUUACUUGAAUUAUUCUUUUAUGUACAUAAGCCACGCAAGCUAAUCCAGGUUUCAUAUUCUGCAUGCUUAGAGAAGAGAAACAAGUAGAAAAGAUGGGGGUUUUGGAAUAUUUUUAGCCUUUUCCCUGUUUCUA